GGAAGUGGGCGUCUGGUAAGUGUGAGAGAAGCUGAGUUUUACCUUGAAAUGACAGGCUGGGACAUACAGGAGGCUCUGUCUUCCUACACAGAGGUUAACAGGGAAGGGAACAAGCUCUUGGCCAUGAGUUUUGUUAAGGACAUGACAUUUGGUGAGGGUGAAAGUGUCCCUCCGAACUCAACUUUUACCAAAGUGUGGAGGAUACGGAACAGUGGCCGUGAGACCUGGCCUUCUGGGUGUACCCUCAGAUGUACUGAUGGACACCGCUUCAACCCCCAUACUGAGGUCUCACUAGAUCCAAUAUUCCCUGGUUUUGAAAGUGACGUCAGAGUUGUUUUGUGUUCCCCACAGCUCUCUGGCACUUAUCAGAGUAAAUGGAGGAUGUGCAGUCCGACGGGCAUCUUCUUCGGGGAUCCUAUUUGGAUGAUAAUAAAGGUGGAGUCAUGUGGUGUAUUAGGUAUUGCACAACACUCCAACCUCCUCGCCUUCGGGUCAACUUCUGAGUUCUCCCCGAUGAACCCUUUCUCUAUGAGGUAAAGCUGAUGUUGCUGUGUGCCUGACACCCUGUUCGAUGAGCGCUCAUUUUAUUAUAGCUGCCUUCUACAUAUCCGGUAAAGCUGUUUACAAAGUGUGCUGCCUCCAAAAUUUGACAACUCCGAGCAGAUUAUUCGAAACACAGUCUUGACACUUGACUGAUCAGAUCAACUUUUAGCAGUUUACCUGCAAUCCUGUUUCCACCCGCACACGCACGUCGCACAGUCACACGCAAAACCAAUCGAAUGUAAGCAAGCCAGUCACGUGUCUACUGUCUAAUGGAUUAUGCGGAGUUUUACACACGCGUGUAUUACAGUUAGCCGAUACCACAGCCAGGUAGUCUAUCUGUGUGAUUAUGAUAACGGUUUGAGUGUACCGUACGCGUGUUUUACGCCUAUUCAGCUCAGUUCGUCUUAUUUCAAUUUGUUUUGGCGGGACAAUUUACUCUCGCAGGGCUAUGUGUGGCAGUGGUUCGGAUUUAAAUCAGCAUGUUCGUUGAUGGACUAGAUUAUUGUUAGAUUGUGUUACCUUUCUAGAUUGUGUUAUUUUUUUGUACUUUUAAGCUAAUAACUUUAUAAAUUUACCAAUGAAGCAGGGAUUUCUAAUGUGAAUAUCGAAUAGCUCAAUCUACAUAAGUGACGAAGUGGGGUUCAGUUUUAACUUUUUGGUUUGCAAACUUAAAGUUCAAAUCGAGCUAUUAAUGAUCAGUCUAAACUAGUAGACCUGAAUUUGUUUAGUUGUUGUAAAUAUUACGCUAAAAUUUUUUUGGCUGACUGACGAUAAUGAGCGAAUGUACUAAAAUCUAAUUUAUUAAUGAACAUCUUAUUUCUGUAAAGUGUACAAUAUUUGCAGAUUGCAGCUUGUAUUUUCACCCUUCGUUUAAUUAGCAUACUAGGAUUUCCUGCAAAUGAUAUCAUCACUUAAACAAUAAACACAUCAACCUAUUUUUUUUUUUUUACAAUCUAAUUACACUCAUCAGUUGUACACUUAACUUUCAUGUAUACAAUUGUUUAGGCUGAAAAUAGAGCUGUAAACAUUAAACUGUUGACAGUGUCAUGUAGUCAUGUGUACAUUAUAAGGUUCCGCAUUUCAUUUAGCUGUUUUAACCCUUAGGUAUAUUGCAACUGCUGCGGUAUUUUCAUUUCUCCAAUUACAUAAAUUACAGUAGUAAAUACAUGUGUAUUGUGUAUAUGGUGACUGCGAGUUAUUUUUGUAAUCUCAUUGUAUAAACGCGUAUUUUGAUUCCUCAGCGUGCUUUCUGCAUGUCGACUAUAAUUGAUAAUUGACAACCAGUUUGUACGUG